AGGUACAGAGCGCGAAGACUGGGACGCAUCUUCCCAGAACAUACAAAUUAUUAGUAACACUCAGCUAAGCGGAUGAAAGAUUGCGUGUCCAGGUCAUUGUUACUCCAACAGCUACUCCUUGUGUUGAGUAAUUCAUCAGAGCGCACGAUCAUCAAUGAUCUACAUCUCGACAACAACACGCGAAUUCGACAAAUACCUGAAAACUCAUCAGACCCUAUAGCACCCCUCACUCGCUACAGGGCAGAAACAACGCGUCUACGUGCGCCAUCAUAGUUUCCUGGAGGAGGGCCUGAACCUGGAAGACAUUGAGCAAGUGUCAGACGCAAAUAGGCUCUUGAUCUAAGAAUGGCAAUGAAUCCCACGGAACUGAAAGAAUUCGAUGUUGUACGGGUGGCAAGAAGCGAUGGCUCAGACACCGGACCUGGAUACUGGCCAGUCACAGCACCAUCCGCCACGACUGCCACUAAGAAGACAAAGGAUGCUGCGGCUGAGAAAACACCAAGGACCAAACCUCAGAUGAUUCGAUUAGCCGAAGACGACCCAAGAUUCACAGAGUGGAAAGUCAAACUCGGGAUUCUGCUGAAGCAAGAGCUAUGUCCGAACCCCGAUGAGGGGAAUCCGUGGCUAGUGAACUUCCCACGAGGUUACUGGCUAUACGAGAAGUCUAAACAUCUUUGGGUUUCGGGGUAUCCUAUCAAGGUGAAGCUUUUCAAGAGCCCGCAGGAAUUUGCAGUGCACCUGAUAUGGUUACUCUCAACAUCGAUGGACUACCGAGACUGUUGCUGUGCGCACUGCAACGGUUUCAACUCAAUCAAAGGGGGCAUCGGUGCUGACGACGCGUUGAUCAUCACCCAUGAACCUAUCAAAGCCGAUAAGAUCCCGCCCAAGGUCACUCCUGUUCCACUCCCUCCAAUGCCUGGACAGGCAUCUCAGAAACCGAACCAAGUUACACCACGAUCACAGUCUACACAGUCUACGCCGGCUACUACAGCACAAAACUCACCAGCACCGACGCCGGUCCCUGCAACUUCAACCCCAAUACAACAGCAUAUUCAACACCGACCCCCGAUUCAACUACAGGAGCAGGCGCUCCAACCCCAGCCUCAAUCUCAACCCCAAAAUCAACCACCACUUCAGCAGCAACCACCUCAAAUUCAACAACCCCAGCCUCAAGCACAGCAGCAGAUUCAACAACAAGCUCCACCUCUUACUCAAGCACAGCCCCCACCGGUUCAGUGGUCACUAAAAUCACCUGUACUGUUCAGGUCAGGAGAGCUGGUCUGGUAUCUGAACGGUAAUGCAUGGCGCCUUGGAGUCAUUGCUUCAUCCACUGCCAGCCAUCAUGAGGUUAUGCCCAUCGGUCAUGGCAUCGUCCAACAAAACAAUGUGAACAAAACAGAGGGAGAAAUGCGACCCUUUUAUGCCUUCACCGUACCACCUGUCAACCUCCCCGAAUUGAAGGACAAGGAAUACGAUGGUGUUUCAUGGGAGGCUCUCUUCCAAAGUACCGCAGAUGGGAACCGUCGAGAGAUGAUUGCACUCGACGCUUCCAAGAUGGCAGCUGUGAAGAUUGACUACUCGUACUCCCUGUGGUCCAAAAUCUCCGAAGAGCCGAACUUCAAGAGAGUUGCGUACUGGGGUUGCUUUUUUGGGGCUGAGCGCAUCGAGAUUGGCGACGCAAUGCGGCUCAGAUCAAUCCCGGCUGAGUUGAACGUCCCGGCCGAGACGUGCGUCCUGGGUCUCCGGCGCAUCUUCACCACCUCGGACUUCCCUGGCGCCGUCUUUUUCGUCGGCCAUAUCUACCAGCUCGUAUCUGAAGACCAGUCAAACAUUGUCCGGGAUGAACACCUUCCCGUUGCGUUACGAAAUGAGAGCCAGUGGCGCCAUUCGGUCGGGGCACAGCGCUGGCGCUACGCACUGAUCAAAGAGAACGUCGUGUUCAAGGAACAGUCGAUUAGAGGUCGAUUUUACCCAACGCACCGUCUCAUGCCCAUCCUCAACUCGAACGAAUUCCAAAACUCCAUUAUUCAACGUAGAGUGGAUGAACAGCAUGCCCAUCUCAACAACCGAAUGGAUGGUGUGGGUAGGUAUCUUGGUCGAAAGAUCAACCGGCUUGAUACCCUUGGUGCUUCGGUGACCCAUACAGCUAGGAUCAGUCUUGAGCCGUUCAUUAAGGAAGGAGACCAGCCUCUGGAGUGAGGGAUGUUGGAGACACUCUGCCCAUAUACGGUAUGGAAUCACAUGUGCCGAGGGAGUGGAUAACACGGAGUGAUCAUAAAGUUGUUAGAUAGUAUAUCGAUCAUUUAAUAGAGGCAUGCAAGGGUACUGGAACCAUCAUAGCCCUUCC